AUCCUCCAUCCUCCUCUCAAGACAGGGGUUGGUGACGGGGAGGGGUUUGCUGUCUGUAAUCCGCUCAAAUCCCACAGAGAAAGUUGGCGAUUGAUCCAACAUCCAACGCGAUCCAGUUGCGCGCCGCCGCUGUCCAAGGUGCUGAAACACGCCAGCCGCCAGUUCCCCCCGCAAUCUCCAACAGCCGGUGCAGCAGGUAGCUUUGUUGUGUCUUUGCAUUAGCUACUGAGAAGUCGCGCAUGUCUAUAGACUUCAUUAACCCCGAUCUUCGAGCUAUAAUCUUGGGAUUUGUUAAAAAAAAUUUAAACAGCGGCAGUGAAUUUCUGUACCCUGGGUCUUCUGAACACCAUGGCUGUUUGUGAAAUUUCAAUGGCGGGACGCGGGCAGACAGACACGAGUGUCUCGUUGCCUCAGUGAACUUCGAGUCACAGCAGCGGAUCGGUUCUCCUACGCUCGGCUACAGGUCGAGCCAGCCAGCCAGCCAGCGAGCUUGAUCGGCCUCGCCAUUGUCUCUAGCAUGACACUUUCCGAAGAGUUUGGUGUCUGAUCGUCCUCUGGAAGGCAUGGAGACGGUGAAGGAGCGAGUCUUUGCUCCGGGCAAGGAGGGGCUGAAGAAUUUUGCUGGGAAAUCUCUCAGUCACCUGUACAGAGUCUUGGAAAAGAGGCAACAGCCAGGAGAAAAUAUCGAGUUGACCGAAGAUGGCAAGGUACAGAAUAUUGCCCCGAAAAAGCCGCCUCUGUGCGACUGCACCUGCUUCGGGCUCCCGCGGAGGUACAUCAUCGCCAUCAUGAGUGGUCUGGGGUUCUGUAUCUCCUUCGGAAUCCGGUGUAACCUCGGCGUGGCCAUCGUGGACAUGGUGAACAACAGCACCAUACACCACGGGAAUACAAUCAUCAAGAAGAAAGCGAAGUUUAACUGGGACCCCGAGACUGUUGGGAUGAUCCACGGGUCGUUUUUCUGGGGUUAUAUCGUGACUCAGAUUCCCGGAGGUUAUAUCGCAUCUCGAUUGGCAGCGAACAGAGUAUUUGGUGCUGCCAUCUUCCUGACCUCCAUCCUGAAUUUGCUCAUCCCAUCGGCAGCGAAAGUCCACUAUGGGUUUGUGAUGUUUGUCAGGAUUCUGCAGGGACUGGUGGAGGGCGUGACAUAUCCGGCCUGCCAUGGCAUUUGGAGUAAAUGGGCUCCACCGCUGGAGAGAAGUCGAUUGGCAACCACCUCAUUCUGUGGUUCUUACGCGGGAGCCGUUAUCGCGAUGCCUCUCGCUGGGAUUCUAGUGCAGUACACUGGGUGGCCUUCUGUGUUUUAUGUGUAUGGGUCUUUUGGAAUGGUGUGGUAUAUAUUUUGGGUUCUGGUAUCCUAUGAAAGUCCUGCAGCUCACCCAACCAUUACAGAAGAAGAACGCACCUACAUUGAAGAGAGCAUUGGGGAAAGUGCCAACCUAAUUGGAGGGAUCGAUAAAUACAAGACGCCGUGGAAAAAAUUCUUCACCUCUCUGCCAGUCUACGCAAUAAUUGUGGCAAACUUCUGUAGAAGCUGGACAUUUUACUUGUUGUUGAUUAGUCAACCUGCCUACUUUGAAGAAGUAUUUGGAUUUGAGAUCAGCAAGGUCGGCAUGUUAUCUGCUCUGCCGCAUCUAGUAAUGACUAUUAUUGUGCCUAUUGGUGGGCAGAUCGCCGACUACCUCAGAGCCAAGAGGAUAAUGUCAACCACAAUGGUCAGAAAGAUAAUGAACUGCGGAGGUUUUGGCUUGGAAGCAACAUUUCUCCUUGUGGUUGGCUACUCACAUAGUAAAGCCGUGGCGAUUUCCUUCCUUGUCAUGGCUGUUGGCUUCAGUGGCUUUGCGAUAUCAGGUUUCAAUGUCAACCAUCUGGAUAUUGCGCCGAGAUAUGCCAGUAUUCUCAUGGGAAUUUCCAACGGUGUGGGAACGUUGUCCGGAAUGGUUUGUCCUCUGAUUGUGGGUGCUAUGACCAAAAAUAAGAGUCAGCAGGAAUGGCGGUAUGUCUUUCUAAUUGCGGCGCUGGUCCACUACGCGGGAGUUAUCUUUUACGCACUCUUCGCGUCGGGUGAGAAACAACCUUGGGCAGAUCCUGAGCAGACGAGCGAUGAAAAAUGCGGCUUCAUACACGAAGACGAACUGGCGGAGGAAACCGGUGACAUUACCCAAAAUUAUGGCACAGCAAAGUCUUACGGAGCCACCACUUGUAGCAACGGCGUUUGGCCAAACGGAUGGGAGAAGAAGGAAGAGUUUGUACAGGAGGAAGCGAAAGAUUCUUACUACUGUAAAGACCAAGAAGGAGACUAUUCAUAACAGGGCAACAAACAAAGAGGUCUAUUCGAUAUUUUGUAUUGUGUCUAAGAUUCAUUGUGAUUGUUUGCUCUGACUACUGUGGUGUGAAUGUGCACACAUACCAACGACAAUUGUUAGCAGCAUUUGAGUGCAAUCUGUAUAAAAUGGUGGUGUGCAUCAUCUCAGCCCAGGCUUUGUCAUAUUUAGAAGGACUUGCAAGGUCUUCUUCAGGGGUCUGCUGGGCGGUCAGUUACCCUGGCAGGACAUUUGGCUGGGAUAUCCCAGAUAAUGUGGCCAUUCGAAAGGAGAAACCUCGUGCAGUUUAACUGGAUAUCCAUUCAACUAAAAAACAUUUGUGUUUGGAUGAAUGUCUAGUUAUCAAUUGUAUUGUGGAGUUAUAGAUGUUAAAAUAAAUCUUAAGUAGUCUCAGUGGAUCCAA